AAAUGCCUGCAUAUGUACACAUGUUAUUUAGACGUUCCUAGUUAAUGACUUUCGUGUUUGAACCGCCUUGGUAGAAUAACUUGACUCCUUCUUCGACCCCUUUUUUCAACAGAAAAGUAACCUGGGAGCAAAGAGAUGGCUCAGCGGUUAAGAGGUCCUGAGUUCAAUUCCCAGCAACCACAUGGUGCUUCACAACCACCUGUAAUAAGAUCUGGUGCCAACUUCUGGCCUGCAGGGAUGCAUGCAGGCAGAAUAUUGUAUAAAUAAUAAAUAAGUCUUUUUAAAAAGAAAAGAGAGAGAAAAGAAACCUGUACCUAACCAGACACUGGUAGUUACCUAGACAAGUUCACCGCCUGGCCUAGCAAUACCAGGGCCUAGCAAUGGGUGUGGGGCUUCCGGCUCUCCGCCCACCUGAGGGUCCUCCCCGCCACCCCUUGGCUUUCUAGAGGAGGAAGGAAGGCCCCUGGAAGUCCUUUCUCAAGGUCAAAACGGUUCUCUUGGAGGGAGAGCCGCCCCCCAACACACACACCCAGUCUGCUUGGAGACCUUGGCCGUCACUGCCUCAAGACCCUCCGGGCCAGGCGCAGUUCUCAUCUGGAAUAUCUUUCUUUUUAAUUUACUAUUUUUCACUUCGAAAAAUUAACCUUUGUGUGUUUGAGGGAUGAUUUUAUGAUUUAAAGCCAUUUGCUAAUCCUGUUUUCCGAGCGUUUUUCUCCAACGUUUUCACGAGCCGCGGAGGAUGGCGCACUUCUCGUCCAGUCUGGUUUUACUUAUGGCCAUUUCCAAUGCAUUUGAAUUUGGACACGUUGCUGGGUUGGGCCACCGUGAGCUGGCUGUUCUGUCUCCGAGAGAGGUGGCCAUCAGAGAUGACAGCCUUCGCAGUCAGGAAGGACCUGCAGUCCGUGCUCACUCUUUGCAGAUGGUGCCUUCCGUGGGGAUACAGAACACUAAGUUGCUUAAUAAAACCUGCUGCCUGAAUGGAGGGACCUGCAUCCUGGGUUCCUUCUGUGCCUGUCCACCUUACUUCUAUGGACGCAACUGUGAGCGUGACGUACGAAAAGAGCACUGUGGGUCUGUCCUCCAUGGCACCUGGCUGCCCAAGAAGUGCUCCCUGUGUAGGUGCUGGCUCGGCCAGCUCCACUGUUUUCCUCAGACCUUUUUACCUGGCUGUGAUGGUCAUGUGAUGGACCAGGAUCCCCCAGCAUCCAGGACUCCAGGACGAGCACCCUCUGUGCCAACCACUUUCAUGCUAGCUGGCAUUUGUCUUCUUCGGGAAAUGAAAGUGUAGGUGUCGGACUGGAGA